AUGCUAUCCAGGCUUAAUUUAUUUAAAACUAAAAAUAUUAAAAAUGUCAGAUAUAGAGCAAACUUUCCACCUGUAUUACAAGCUAUAGAAUAUGAUAAUCAACCAUCAACUAACAAUCUUUACUUGGAAAAUAACCCACCAAGCGUAUUCAAAGUACCAGAAAAGCAUAAGAAAUCUCAUAACAUUCCAAUAGCCAACCUUCAAUUGAAAGCAUACGAUAAUGAACAUUUGGAUUUCUUCGCUGAUUUCGCACAAAGGGCUGCAUAUCACCUUGGUAUUGUUCUCACAGGUCCUGCUAUGUUACCAACUAGACAUGAACGUUUCGCCGUCUUGAAAUCUCCCUUCGUUCACAAGAAGUCUCAGGAAGUUUUUGAGAGAAGAACACACACAAGAUUGUUAAAAGUUUGGGAUUCAGACGAUCAAGUCGUACAACUUUGGAUUCAAUACCUUAAUCAACACGCUAUGAAGGGUGUUAGAAUGAAGUUUGAACAGAUUAAAUAUGAAAAAUUCACAAAGGCAUGACCCUAUAAAAGAAGCAGCUAAGCAAGUUGAACAAUCAAUAAUAGAAAACCUCAAUAAGGAUAAAAACUAGUUAAUUCAUACUUUUUUCAUUUACAACAAUGUUUGAUCCUUCUUCAUAUCCUCUGGCAACAUUUCUGCCAUCGAUGGUCGACGCUUAGUCUUUGAGGCACCAGUGCCAGGUCCUCCUCUACCUUCUCCAUCUAAUUCAUCAUUAUCCGGUCUAGACAAUCUACGUCUAUCACCUUUUGGUACUUUUUCAUUUGGAUCGAGUAUCGUGUUGUCCUUCGUAACUUCGUCGUUCAAUGACAUUUCACUCAUAGAUGCUUUCUUGAUUGAUGUCAUUGAUGGUCUGCUCUUACGUCUUGUAAUUGAAUUUGAACGUGACUGAGGUGGUGAUGCGAUGUUUUCACGUA